CCAUCAUUUGCUUUGUCUCACAGUCCUGCUUGAUCAACAUGGAGAAUGACCCGUUCGAUCCGACAACAGCAGGCGUCCCGGCUGCGCCGCUGUACGAAAGCCGCAACCCUCUUCGACCAACGAUAGAACGUACCGAACUGGUCACUCCUUUAGACGCUGGCGUCGAUGGAAAGGACCAGGAUCGAACGCCAAGAGCUAGUAAUGCGAAGCGUUUCCCCGUGUCGGAACCUCUCAUCGAAAGGCCGAGGUCGGUGUCUGAUACCGGCCUACCUCCCCGUCCUCGUCCAGCUCAUUGGCAUCAAUAUACCCGCCGACAGCCUGCAUCGGGCCGGUCUCUUGGACAAAUGUCCCAAGAGCCAGUACAAGGUGAAGAGCAAACGUCCGACAGAGCAAUGUUACGCCUGCGCGGACUCAUCAACGAAAGCAUGACCACACUUCAACAGAGAAUGAUGGAGGAACUAAACGCUAUCCAACAACUUGACAAGCAGAGCCCAGCGACGAGCCAGCCGCAGACGCCGGGUGAGCAUCCAUCUGCUUCAUCGUCUCGCCAGUUUCCGCAUUCUGCUCUGUUGUCAGCUCGUCGGAGGAAACUUCGCUCCUACUUUUUUAAUGACGACCCUCCUACACGACAGACGGAUCAGCAUCUACGGCUUGGCUCUUCCGGUGCGGCGUCGGAAACCAGUUUAGAGCGGCAUAAUUUACCGUCGCCCUCCAGAGAAAUCCAUGAUACACUCUCACCUGUUCGUCGCUCUUCUUAUACCACGCCAGCAAUCUCAACGAGGGCUUUCAUCGAUGGGUCUGACCCGUCCUUGUCAAUUGAGGACCUACAAUCCUACUUUGAAGACGCAGCGCCGAGGCUAUGGAUGACGGCCCUGCAGAUGGCGGUUAGGUACGUUCAUGCCUACAAGCUGAAGCUUGGCCACGCACUGGUCGAAGUCACCUUCUAUUAGCGAAAGUCACGACUCAAAUAAGCUCGACGGAAGGUUCACAAUCAGUCAAGCCGCCUUAACAACGGUCAUUCCUCUCAUUCAAGACAUCUGCCAAUGAUGCCGCUUAACCCAU